UCAUUGAACCGCCUGCCAUUGCUACUUACACCAAUGGCUUCCACUUCGGACGAUCGGACGCUCCUUAGCGGCACGACCAUUUGUGUCACAGGAGUUCCGAAAGUGUACCGCGCGCUGGUGGCGGAGCUGAUCAAGCUGCUGGGGGGGCGGUACAGCCCCGACCUCACACCGCACUGCUCGCACCUCCUUGUCGCAAUAUCCCCCUCAGACUCCCAUCCAUCCCACCCAACCCAACCCAACCCCCACGUGGGGAUGUUGCAACGCAAUCCCCAUGCGCAACCCCCCCCCCCCCCGCCAUUACCUCUCGUCCAUCUUCGGGGUGUGCUGCCAUUUGCGCCUGUUGGGCGGGCUUUGUCCAUUGUGCUUUGGGCAUUGGCUUUGGGCGUUGGGGUAUGGGAUUCUGGCUGUCUUUCUGUCCGAAAGGCAGCCGCUUCCACUUCUCGCAAUGCCACGUCCUUAACUCGCAACCUGCGUGUGCUCGACCCACUUCCCUUCUUUCCCCCUCCCCGCCACUGCCUCUCCCUCCCUCUCCUUCCUUUCCCUCCCUCCCCACUCUCGUCUCCCUCCCCUCUCCUCUCUCUCUUCCCCUCGCUCUUCCCCUCUCCCCCCGUCCGUCCCCCCACCACGCGCCCUCGGGUCCCAAAGUGGCUUAUGCGCUCGCCCACGCCUCCCACCUGCCUCUCCGCCUCGUCUCCCUGCCCUGGCUCUCUGCCUCCAUCGCUGCUGGAGUGCGCCUGCCAGAGCACAUUUUCUUUCCCUGCUUCCAGCAGCUUCACUCACUGGCGGCGGCGGCCCGGGGGGGAAGGGGGGGAAGAGUGGUUGGAAGCGGGGAGGGAGAGGAGCGCCGAGGAGGAGGGGGUCAGGGUUCAGGUUUGUUGGGGAGCCACCAAUCGCAGAAGCUUUGGAUGGGGCGGAAUGGGGAGGCAGAGGAGGGGGAGGAGAGGGAGGAAGAAGAGGAAGUGGUGGAGGCAGAGAUAAGAGAGAGGGAUUGGGUGGGAGUGAUACGAAGAGGGGGAGGAGCAGGAGCAGAGUGUGAGAAAGGGAGUGAGACAACGAAUCACGGAGACGGGUGCAGUUUCAUGGUGGAAGAAAGAGUGGAGCAUGGAAGAGCACGAAACCAGCAUGCAGUGGGACAUGCCCUGGCGUCAGUAGCAGCACCAGCAUCGUGCUAUAGCGGUUCAGAGGGGGGUGUGGUGCAUGCAGCACGUGGUGCCACAACAACAACGGCACGUGAGGCAGAAGCGGGCAGGGCUGCUGCUGCACGAGCACCGGUUGGGAACUUACCAUGUUCUGCAGCAGCACCUCACAGCAGAGACAGAGACUGUACCGCAGAAGAACGUGCCCGUACAAGCCACAACGAUACACGUGUUACAGCAGCGAACGUCUCGGCCUUAAGAGCUGUCCAUUCAAGGAAACAAAGGCUGGAGCUUGAAGCCACCGGAGCUGCAUCUGCCUCGGAUCCAUGCAAUCGCCGCAUAGCCGAAGAGGGGCACAAGGCUCGGAAAAAUCCGGUUCAGGAGCGAGGUUCACAGGCUCGGCAGAGGGUUGGAUCCUCGCAGGAGCCUGAAGAGGCGGAGGUGCCUUUCGACGAAGCAGACAGCCAGGUCCGAAGCGAGUGGCUUGGGAGCUGCUCUGAGCCACCAGGAGCAGGUUCGGAGGGCCGUGAGUGUGUGAGCAAGAGGCAGGAUGAGGUUGAUGAGUUUGGGGGGGCGGUGGGCUGUGCUGCGGAGGUGGCUGAAGAGACGGAGAGUGCGAGGGGAGAGGGUUACUGUGGUGCUGGUGUGAGGGAAGGUGAGUGGUCAGGUGCAUGGGAAGAAGCGGGAGAGGUGCCAGACGUGACAGUAUUGGGUGACGUGGCACGAUUGGGUGACGUGGCAGUAGCGGUGACAGGCUUCAUGAAGCAAGCAGCCUGUGCUGUUCCUGUGCCUUGCUUGCCUGGUGAAGUACCUAAGACCAGCGCUCGCUCUAAUGAGACCGACGAUGCCGAUUCUGCAAAUGCAGAUGGUACCCGUGAUGGCCAUCACGCCCAUGAAACCCGGGGUACCCGUGACGGGCAUGCUAGCCGUGAUGCUGCUGCUGCCGAUGCGCAUGCCAGUAUCAAGAGCCUUGAUCUAAUUCAUAACUCAUCCCAUCUGUCCUCACAGCACUCUCCAGCACCACCCGCACCGCCUCAUGCCACUGCAUCAUGCGUCACCCCCCUCACUCACUCCCCUCCUCCUCCUUCCCCUCCUCCUUCCCCUCCUCCUUCCCCUCCUCCUUCCCCUCCUCCUUCCCCUCCUCCUUCCCCUCCUCCUUCCCCUCCUCCUCAACCCUCCGAGCCUCAUCCUCUGGAGCUGCUCCCUGCCGAACCUCAGCCCUCCGUGCCUCAGGAUCUGGUUCGGCAGCGAGGCAAAGCAGAGUCAUGCAGGGUUUGGGAGUGUUCACUGCCAGAGGCAUGGUGGGAGAGCAGCAACACCCACGAGCACUGCUGCUGCAGCAGAGGUUGCUCCUGCUCCUGCCCCUGCUCCAGCUGUAGGUUAGAUGCAAGGGCGGAUUGCAGUAGCAUAUGCAUUGGGGAGCACAGCAGUACCAGCAGCACUCUCGGCGGCAGCAGUGGCGGUGGCAACAGCAGCAGCAGCAGCAGCAGCAGCAUGGGUAAUGAGAGCGGCAGCAGUGGCGGCGGCGUGCAGCAGUGUUGGGUGUGGGGGUGUGUGAGAUGGGAGAGGCGUGUGGAAGCAAUGGCUCGAGCCAAGGGGCUCGUGAGGGCGAGGAGGGGAGGAAGGCGGCAGCCGGCCAGCUCGUUACCUCGCCCCCCAGCCCCCCCGGUCCUCCUCGACACUCUGGCUUGGAGCGUGUCCGAGCCUCCCGCUGAGGCUCGGAUGCUCGGGGUUCUGGUGUCAGGAGGUGUGGAAGAAGCUGGGAAGGGGAGAGGUGAUGGUGGCGUGGUUGCUGCUGUUUCUUCUGGUGUUGCUGCUGCUGGUGCUGGUGGUGACUGUGCUUCAGUGGGGCCCAGGCUGCAUGAGAGCCAACUCUCUCUGGUCGUCUACCCGCACCCAUUCCUCACACUCCUCUUCCCUCUCGACGUGUACUCUGAGCUCGGCCCCUCCUCGCGCUCCUACUCCUCCCCCGCUGGCUUCUCCACCCGCCGCCUCCUCUCCCUCGUCUAUGCCUUUUACCAGGAACCGUUGAGCAACCACGAGGUGUCCCUCUGCGUCCUCUCUGACUCUCGCCACGCGGACGCACUGCGCUCCUCCCUCGCUGCCUGCCCGCCCCCACCUGUCACUCCCGCUGCUGCUGCUGUUGCUGCUGCUCCUGCUGCUGAUGCUGCUGCUGCUGCUGGCGUUCGUCCUCCUGCUGCUGCUUCAGCAGCAGCAACGGCGCCUGCUGCUGCUUCAGCCGCGGCAACGGCGCCUGCAGCUGCCGCCUUAAUUUCUGCAACCGUUGUCGCUGCUUCCACCCCGGUUCCUUGCCCUGCUGCACGGCAACUGCAACGGCAACUGCAAGGUCCUGCCUUCUGGUCUCCCCCUCUGCGAGUGACCUUUCUGGGCUCCAGGCUGCACUUUGAAGGACUCAAACGGGUUUCCAGAGAUGGCUCCGGGCAGGUUUAUGAGGUCUGCUUGGGCAGGUGAACGGGCAGGUGGGUAGGAUUCAGGGAGAAGAAUGUUGCGUGUGACACGUUCUUGUGUGUUUCACUUCCGCAUUUCUAUCUGGUGCCGUACCAGCUUGUUGCACGUCUUCGCUGUUGUUUGUGUGCUUGUACUGUACAUGCCGGUGGUUUCACUCUCAUGUCAUGACCCUCAAUGUGAACGUAGCAUACGUAUGUACUAAGCUCAGGUUGAGGUUGCCACGAAAGCCUUCUUUGUAGU